AUGGGCUCGAAAAUCGGGGUCAACGGCGACACCAAAUCGAAUCUCACACUUAAUCCAGUCAGCAUAUGGUGGGUAUGCUGGGCCGGCAUCUGGACUGUCGCCGUUGCGCUGGGAAUGGCCUAUCUCGUUAUUCACCGGAGCUCGACCCCUCUCCGAAUACGAGGCCUUGGGCUUUCGCUCUCUGCCGUCGUUCUUCUUCAUUUAUACUGGAUAUCCGUUCAGCUGGAACUUCUGCUUGGCACACUUGCACCUGGAGAUGCCGAGUUUUGGGUUAUGGGUACCCUCUUACCAUGUGGGAUAGCGUUGUUUCAUGCAUCGAAUAGUCGCUUCAUCCAUGUCGCCAACCUGCAGAAGAAAUAUGCUCGCCAUAGCAGCCGUCAUGUCGGACUGCCUUCUGGGAACGUUAACUUCAGUUCGAAGAUCAAAGGCGGCUUGAUCAGACGCUUCCGACGCCUUGACUAUACCACUAGGAGCCUUAUCGCGGUGGGAAUUGCAAUGCUCGUUCAGAUAUUUCUUACUGUCCUGAUGUACAUCAUAUCCCGAAAAUGGCAUAGCUCUUGGGGAAUUCCUGGCACCGAACUUCACGGGACCGCUAUGGAACAGAAAGUCGAGAUGGGCCGAGGCUGGGAAUGGUGGCCUGGGGUAUUUUGGCAGUUCCUCUGGUCCUGGAUUGUUGCCCCUUUUGUCCUCUGGAAAUCUCGUGCGAUACACGAUACCCAGGGCUGGCGAGUUCAAACCAUUGGCUGUGCCAUUGCAAGCUUUCAUGCUACCCCACUAUGGCUUAUAGCUCUCUAUGUUCCUUCCAUGGCGACAGUUAACAAAUACUGGCUACCUCCGCAAUGGAUUUGUCUUUCGAUCACUUUUCUAGAGAUUUUUACAGUAUUUCUUCCCUGCUGGGAGGUCGUCCGCCACCAGUCUCUUCGCCAAGAGACUCUCGAUUUGAUUGCAGAGUGGGAGUCGAGGACAAGGUCUGAUGGCGCCGAUCUCAAGUCUUUAAAAUCUGUCACUGCCACCGUUAAGUCUACGAUAGCAGGAUCAGCUAAGACUGAUUUCUCCGUUGAGAGCGUCUUUGCUAUGCCUGCUCUUGAGUACGCCCUAGACCAUGACCCAACUCCUCUACAACAAUUUUCAGCACUCCACGACUUCUCUGGUGAGAACAUUGCCUUCCUUACAAGCGUCGCCCAAUGGAAGAAGACUUUUGAAAGGGCUAUUGCCAUCGAAGAUAAAGAUCAGAUUCAGGAAACACUCCAUGAGCGUUUUAACAGCGCAUUAUUCAUUUAUGCCGAGUUCAUAAGUGCUCAUGCUGAAUUUCCUAUCAACCUCGGCUUUCAAGAUUUCACAAGACUUGAGAGUAUCUUCGAGAGACCCGCUCGUAUGAUAUAUGGUGAUGAGCCGGAGAUUAAUCCUAUCGCUCCUUUUGAUACCUCAAGUUUUUCCCGGCUACCCUCAGCCAUGUCGUCUGAAGGCUCUGAGAAAACAAUUCGGGUGACGCCAUCACUCCAAGAUUGUGUACGGUAUUGGGGUGAGAUUCCUGAGGGUUUUAUUGCUUGCGGACUUGGUGCGAAUAUCUUUGAUGACGCAGUGAAGGCAGUCAAGUACCUCGUCCUCACAAAUACGUGGCCCAAGUUUGUCAAAAGUCGGAGCGCUGUAUCUCAUUCAAUGAGUACUUUUGGGAGCGGUUUGGAUAUCAAGCUUGCUCAUAAACAGGCAGUGAAGUGA